AUGAAGGCCACUGGACCAGCCGGAGAGGGACACGGCACAGAGAGAGAGUCAGACAUCAUGAUUCUGCUCAUCCCAAGCGGGUCCAGCAUUAAGCUUCGGCUAACCUCCUCCUCCUCCCCCCCCCACCCCCCCUCCACAAACCCUCGCAUCCUCCGGAGCCCUGUGCGUGUGGACUGCUGGGGCGAGCAGCCGUCUGCUGACGCAGGGAUGGGCUGUCGGCACUCCGGACUGAGGUUCGGGGACGGAAUGGGGGUUAACGGGAGGGAUCUGUCCCAGGUCAGCCAACGUGAGGCACUCCGGAUCCUGAGCACUUAUGAGCAGCCAAUCACGUUGCAGAUCGAGGGGCAGCGGGCCCGUGGACGGAGCCUCCGCCUUCACCAGACCUCGGACUGCAGCACUCAGACGGAGCGGCCCUGGGAAACGCUCAGAGGCCUGGGGGUCACCGCAGGGUCAGCCUCCAGGGUCAACACCUACAUAGACAAGCCCUGCCACAGUCACAUGACCUUUCCACGAGUCAGCUGCUCCAGAAACCAGUAUCUUCCCAGUGUGCACUAUGGCAUGGAGAACAUGGCGUACAAAAACCCUGAGUUAUCCAGCUGUAUGCCCAAAGGACAGAGCUGUUUGAUUGGAUGCUGCAACGCCAAUAUGGAGGAGCCCAACAGCUUCAUGAGCCAGACAGAGGAUGAGGACUUUGCGCUAGAGAGGCCUCUGGGCUACUUGCCCUUGAUGCACGAGCUGGACAGUGGUCUGGGCUGGACUGAUGGUAGCCUCCACCAGGGGGAGCUGUCUGGGCUGGAGACGGAGGAGGGGGUAGAGGAGCGCACCAGCCGAGGCGGCUCCCCAUCCUCCGAGUCCUUCAUCUCCUCCGAGCUCAGCGACUCCGGGUUUUACAGCGUCAGCACCGGGGAGUUCCGCCGCUUCCAGAAGCUGCUGGAGAGGAAGAUUCGCCUGUACCGCGCCAGGGCCAUCUCCUCAGGGGAGCAGAGGGACGGCCAGAAGGGCCGCAGGGGGCUGGAGUCCAUCCCCGAGGCACUGACUCUCCAGCCCCAGAGCAUCCACCCGCCCAGGCCCGGCCCCUCCGGUGUUUCCCACAGGUGCACCAUGGGUACGUCCUCGGUCCAGUUCAGGAAGGCUGGGAGCCCCUGCCUCAGCCGGUGCAGCUCCAGCACCGGCUCCCUGCUGCCCCACCAGGCUGGUCCCUCCAGCUGCAGCACUCCUUCCUGCCAGCGGAGGCCGAUGUUGCACCGGAACCCCUCCACCGGAUUCCUCAGGAGAAGCAAUACUCUGCACCGCUCCGCCCCCCACAUAAUGGAGAGGAGGCGGGCGAGUCACCCCACCUCCCCCAACUACUGCAGCGUUACAGUGCAUCAUGGCAGGAGACUCGUUACUGACUUCCCCCGGAAGGAAGAGCUAACCCAAAACAGCUGUGUGGGCACUGAGAUGAGGACCAGUCCCUUGCAACGAGGAACCACUGAGGACAGUCGGGGCAUUUUACCUGGGGACCACUGCUGCAGUGCCAAUAGCAAGUUGGAUAGCAGUGAGAAACAGGCCAUGAGUUUUAGCAGGGGGGUUCCAGAGAGGGACAGAGAGAGGGAAAGGGAGAGGGAGAGGGAGAGAGCAAGAGAGCGGGAAAGGCGAUUCCACACACUCGGUCACUCGCAGGAUAUCCACGAGACCUGGCCCAAGCCGGCCAACCGCUGCAGCCAGAGAGGCCUCUACAGCACUCUGGACAGCCACUCUCCCAGCUCCAGGAAGAGCCUGGCCACCAACCCCCGGGCCCUCCGGAACCAGCUGCUGAAGGAGCGGGCUUCCCGCCUGGCCGACGAGCGCGGCGGGGUGACCACGGACGAGGAGUCCCACAACGAGGUGAAGACGGGCCGCUACUGGAACAAGACGGAGCGGCGGCAGCAGCUUCUGCUGGCCCGGGAGCAGCGGCUGCUGCAGCAGCAGCAGGCCCGCGGGGGCCCCGGCAGCGGCGCCGAGGCCCACCACAGCAGAACCGUGCUGGAGCUCAGCCACAGGAAGCUCAGCCGGCUGCGCAACCGCAAGCUGCUGGACAGCUGGACCACCGUGGAGGAGCUGCUGACCCACGGCACCCGGCUGGGCAGCACGGAGCAGAUCCUCUGCCCAAGCUCCCUGCUGUCCGUCACCACCGUAUAG